AUGUUCCCGACAAAACACUUGACUGACGUGCAGCAAAAUGAAUUGAUGAGGGAUUUGGUUGCCAGACAGCUGAAGAAUCAGAAAUUAUACACUAACUUUUUUGUUAAUCCUAACAAACCUGCCCCAUACGUUACUGAUAAGCCGACGAGUUUCAUUGAAGAGCCAUUGAAAGAGGAAUGUAAAUUUUUAGCAGAUUUCUGCGUGAAUGACAAGCCGCCUGUAGAAAAAUAUAAGUACCCACAAACAACUAACAUGGAAUACGGCUGGGUCCAGAACGAAGACUGCUGCAAUGAUUGGUCUUGCUGGGACGGAUGA